GUGCGCCACGUGACCCUCGAACGACGACAACCAUUCCCAUACAAUUGGAUUGGGUGGGUUUGGGCCCAACCCAAUCCAAAAACCCAAGUGGCGAAAGCUAAGCUCAACCGCCACAGUCUUAUCUUGCCAAACUCCCCCAACCAGUCAUCGUUAAAGACAGCCAGAAUUACAACGUUUGACCAAUCCAGCGGUUGAGAGACUAGUGUCCACGUGAAGCAAGUGAACUCGCCAACACUGUAACACGGUUUCAUAACAAUCUUUUUGGGAAGUCGAAAUCGGAAGAAGUAAAAAUACAAAAGUGGGUGUGAGUUGUGACUGUAAUCAGUUAAAGAGGUUUGAUGGGGUGGUGGUGUGACGAGGACAUCGAUGAAAGAGAAGGUCCAGGUUCUCUUCACGUAAAAAUUUGUGGGUCCCAAUUCUCAGAACCCGCUUAAACCCCUUUUUCCUUUUCUUCAAGCUCCAGCUCUCUGGACCCAUUGGCCAUAGUCCCCACGCUGCGUCUUUCUUUUUGGUGGUUAACUUUUCAGAGAGUGAGAGUGUAGAGAAUCGUUUUUGGUUAAAGUAGGCUUUUUUUUAGCUUUUGUAGAAUAAGGGUAUCUUUUUUUUUUUUUUUUCAGUUAUAUGUUUUUUAAAACUUUAGACGGAUUUCGCUUUCUGGGCAUUGAAGAUUGAUCACUGUAUGCGGUCUUGGUGGUUUGUUUCGGUAAAAAAAAGUUAAAAAAAAGACUAGUUUGAUAUUGAUUUGAUUGUGAUUGGAAGAGAAGCCCGGGUGGCACAACACAAGGUGGUCUAAAAAAUAUCUUAUUGGGUUUUUUUUUCCGUGUUUGUUUUGUUUUUCUUUUCUUUUCUAUUACGUUUUGGUCAAGAUGGUCGGUUUGGUAUCUUAGAGAUUUGGAUCAUCAUCAGUUUUUGGUUGUGAGAUCAACACCUUUUCUCAUCAGUUUCUGGUUGAAGAGUUCACGAAACUUCUUUUCUCAAGGUAUCGGUUUUCCUCUUAUGGAGAUUUCUUAAAGGAAUUAGUUUGGUUAAGUGAAAAGAAAACGGUCUUUAUUAGCUCGACCAUUUAGGAAAUGUGGAUCUUGAACUCUAGCAGAUUGAUGCAACUCUUUCUAAAACAAGCCAGGUGGGCAUUUCAGAUCUCGGAUUAAGGCUGAUAGUUUCUGGGAAAUGAGAACCUGAAACUUGUGUUGAAGGUCACUCUUUAGUUUGUCUUCACUUCUUCAUAUUGAGCUUUAUAGCUUUUGGAAAUUCUCAGGAAAAAGAAAAAAUAGAAAAUGGUUUGAACUUUUCAGUAGAGUAGCUACUUGGGUGCAAUGUUAAAAGCUUUCCAUCUUAUAUUGUUCAUUUCUUAUUUCAUUGUAUCAGUUUCAGCCGAUGAUAAUGAAUUUCCUCACUGUAGUUGUGAUGAUGAGGGCUUUUGGAGCCUUGCAACGAUUCUUGAGUGUCAAAAAGUGAGUGAUUUCUUGAUUGCAGUGGCAUACUUUUCAAUCCCUAUCGAACUCCUUUACUUUGUUAGUUUCUCAAGCCUUCCAUUCAAAUGGGUUCUCUCUCAGUUUAUUGCAUUUAUAGUCCUUUGUGGGUUGACCCAUUUACUCAAUGGAUGGACCUAUUAUGGUCCUCACUCAUUCCAAUUGAUGUUGUGUCUCACCAUUUCAAAAUUCCUCACAGCCUUAGUAUCUUGUGCAACAGCCAUAACCCUUUUAACUUUGAUCCCUCUUCUUCUCAAAGUCAAAGUAAGAGAGCUGUUCUUGAAGCAAAAUGUGUUGGAGUUGGACCAAGAGGUUGGUUUGAUGAAGAGACAGAAAGAAGCAAGUUGGCAUGUCCGGAUGUUGACUAGAGAGAUUAGGAAGUCACUUGAUAAGCAUACCAUAUUGUACACUACUCUUGUUGAACUUUCCAAAACAUUGGAUUUGUACAAUUGUGCUGUUUGGAUGCCAAAUGAGAACAGAAGAGAGAUGAACCUGACUCAUGAGUUGAAGCCCAGAUCUUCACAGGGCUACCCUCGUGCUAUACAUAUUAGUGACCCAGAUGUCUUAAAGAUAAGAGAGAGCAAGGGGGUGAGGAUUCUGAGGUCUGACUCAGCCCUUGGGGCUGCAAGCAGGGGUGAGUCUGGGGAGUCAGGUGCUGUGGCUGCUAUUCGGAUGCCAAUGCUUCGGGUAUCAAAUUUUAAGGGUGGUACUCCAGAGAUGGUUGAGACUUGUUAUGCUAUACUGGUUUUGGUUCUUCCAGGUGCCAAUGCUAGAGGUUGGAGCGAACCCGAAAUGGAGAUAGUUGAAGUGGUAGCCGACCAGGUAGCUGUGGCGCUGUCUCACGCUGAUGUUCUUGAAGAGUCUCAAAUGAUGAGAGAAAAACUUGCAGAGCAAAAUCGUGCCUUGCAACAGGCCAAGAAGAAUGCAUUGAUGGCCAGCCAAGCUAGGAAUACAUUUCAGAAGGUAAUGAGUCAUGGAAUGAGAAGGCCUAUGCAUUCAAUCUUAGGCUUGCUUUCGAUGGUCAGUGAGGAGAAUAUGAGCUUUAAGCAAAGGAUUAUCAUAGACACAAUGCUUAAAACCAGCAAUGUUCUAUCAACUUUGAUAAAUGAUGUCAUGGAGAUUUCAGCAAAUGAUAAUGGAAGGUUCCCACUUCAAAUGAGGCCUUUUGAAUUACAUUCCAUGACAAGGGAAGCUGCUUGCCUAGUAAAGUGCUUGUGUAUAUAUAAAGGUUUUGGCUUUGAAACUGAUGUCCAAAGCUCGUUGCCUAAUCAGGUGAUUGGUGAUGAAAGCAGGGCUUUUCAAGUUAUUUUGCAUAUGGUUGGAUAUCUACUGAGCAUAUAUAACGGUGGUGGAACUGUCGUGUUCCGGGUUUUUUCUGGAAAUGGUGGUGAGGGUAGGGCUGAUAAUAAGAUGCAGAAUAUGUGGAGAUCAAAUGUGGCAGAUGAGUUUGUAAGUAUAAAGUUUGAAUUUCAGAUCAGUAAAGGAGGUUCUGGGACAGAAGGAUCAACAGCAGAUAUAGAAUAUGCUAGUGGGCGGCAUAACAGUGAUGAAAUAAAGGAGGGCCUGAGUUUCAGCAUUUGCAAAAGGCUAGUGCAAAUGAUGCAAGGUAAUAUCUGGAUAUCUCCAAAUCCAGUGGGGUUUGCACAAAGCAUGACGCUUGUUCUCAGGUUCCAAAACCGACCUUUAGGAAGAGGAAUUUUUGCUGUUGGAAAUUUGCUAGAUCAACAGCAGCCAAGGUCCAAUUCACAGUUCAGAGGCCUCCGAGUUAUACUAGCUGAUGACGACGGUGUAAACAGGACAGUGACCAAGAAGCUGCUAGAGAGGCUGGGCUGUCAAGUGUUGGCUGUUUCCUCUGGUUUUGAGUGCCUGACUGCUGUUACUAGUGCUGAAAACGCAUGCCGAGUGGUUCUUCUGGAUAUUCAUAUGCCUGAAAUGAAUGGGUUUGAAGUGGCUAUGCGAAUCAGGAAGUUCCGCAGCCGUAGCUGGCCAUUGAUAAUAGCUGUCACAGCGAGUGCAGAGGAGAAUGUAUGGGAGAGGUGUCUGCAGAUAGGCAUGAAUGGAUUAAUUCGAAAACCUGUUGUCUUGCAAGGUCUAGCUGAUGAACUUCAGAGAGUCCUGCAGCGAGCUGGUGGUGGUGAAGGCAUGUGAAGUUAAGUCUCAUUGGCAAUUGGGGCCUUAGUUUUUCAGUCUUGAAAUUCGAUUGAGGUGUUUCAUAAUUGAGAGAGCACCAAAUACAAAGAACUCAACUCACAAUGUAAAACUUACUGUUUACUUACAAAUUGUAGCUGUUAGAUUAUGCUAA